AUCUAAAACACCGUGUGCAGCCAUUCGAUCAAUAAUUAGUUUUUGGGAGUGCCUGCGUUCACAUUCAGCUGAUGCGGCUGCUGCUGUUGCAUAGUAUGUUUACACGUCACUAGGUAACUAAGGUGAGAGGUCAGAUUAUGUAAACAAUUCUUCCCACAAUGCAUCAGUAGUGGUCAGUCGAAAAGGAAGUGGAUUAGUUUGAAAGUAAAAACAUAUUUUGUUCGACCGAAACACACAGAUAUCUAUGCGAUUAUAGGUUAAACGUGAUAUAGAAUGGCUCUCCAGGCCAUCCCCGAGACUGCAAAGACAGUGAACAUUUAUAGAAACGGGGAUACGCACUAUACUGGAAAGAAGUUUGUGGUGAACAAAAAACAGCUCAAAACUUUUGAUGCUUUUUUGAACAAUGUCACCAUCGGAAUUCGAGCUCCAUUUGGUGCUGUUAGAAGGAUACAUACACCAACUGGGAGGCAUUUAGUAAAGGAUAUAGAUGAAUUAGAACAAGGGCAAAAUUAUGUUGCCACGGGAUUGGAAAGAUUCAAGAAACUCCAAUACUUGGAAAUAUCUGAGGUUCCCAAGAAAUCAACAUCACCACGGUUUCCAGAGGUCCGACCAGUAGAACAUAGUAGAAUAAAAGUCUCCGGACGAUUUCGAAAAAUUCGCACGGAAGUCACCCCGAUAUUGGUAUAUGCAAAUGGAGAUGCCCUUAGAGCUCCAGCGAGGAUUCUUCUUCGUGCAAAUGAAAUGCGAUCAUGGCAACAAAUUCUUAAUGUCAUCACAGAUAAGGUUGAGCUGAGGACAGGUGCCACAAGAUGGAUUUAUUCCAUGGAUGGGCAAGUAGUCACAAGGCCCUCAGACCUCGAGAAAGAAGGCAAAUAUGUUGCAGUGGGCUCAGAAAAAAACUUCAAAGAACUUCCCUACACAGAGGACAAAGUUCCAUAUAUGUCUGGAGCAGCCAGUCCAAGACAACAACAAAAGUACAGUCCUGGCAAGCUGCCACCUAUCAAGCGUGUGCGCAAAUCUGACGGGGGAACCAAUAGUACACGCAACUCUACUGGCUCCAGUGAGACCAGUGAUAAAAGCAAAGCAAAGUCAAAGAGAGUCAGCCCAAAGAAAGAAGAUGACCAGGUUUUCCAUGCUAAGCCAGUGAAGCACAAAAGAACAACCAGACAAGUAGACCUGGAUAAAGAUGAAGGUGGAGUGUUCAAGGCAAGGCAUGUUAGAGACAGGGAUGCCAGGGAAAUAGAAGAGUCAAAGGACACAAGAGUAGAUCUACCCAUAGACCAGGUUGAGGCAGAGGAGAUCAAGGAUGAAGAGAUAGAAGAUACUUCAAAGUCUAUCUCCAGUGAUAAAGAACUUAAGAAGAAUCCAUCAGAUGAGAAGGACAAAGAUCUGGCAGCUAUUAAGAUACAGUCUGGCUAUAGGGGCCAUAAGGCUAGAAAACAAUACAAAGCAAGAAAAGUCGAAAAGCAUGUUAAAAAGGAGCGUGAUACACCCCCAGUUAGAAGUAGUAACCCUGUACCUCCUGUCAAACCUACUGCCAAACAACACGAUCAACCAAAGAUUGGACAGAAAAAGUAUGCAGUCUUACCACCUAUUGGCAGCACAGGCACCCCUGAUUCAGCUGAUAUAUCAUCAAAUAAUACUCCAGAUAUAAAUAAUUCUGAUGAUGCUCCAGAUAAUGCUCAAGACAAUACUCCAGAUGAUAGUCAGCUUAAGAAAGCUCAAGACAAAGUUGAGGAUGAUGACAAUGCAAACAAUAGCAACAAUCUGCAGCCAGAGGAAGUCGUAGAUCUUAACGCAACAUAUAACAAAUCCAGUCCAACAUUCCAAA